AUGUCUCCCGAAAGCGUUUCCUCCCUCUUUCCCCAGAGGCCGAUUCGUCCCCUCCCGAAGCGCCGACUACGCGAACGCCUGUCGCCUGAUGUCGCCGACUCCAUCGAGUACCCUCCGGCGAACCAGAACUCUAGUCCUCUCUUUUACUACCCCAGUAUUCCGCGAGAUGAAGUUCCGUCUAGGUCAGGGGGCUUGAACGGUAUGGGCAGGAGUAGCCUAGGCUACGAGAUUAGCCCAAAGGUUCAUGCGGGGAACGGGGAGAGCGGUGAGGAAGACAUGGCGUUGAACAGCAGCAAGAUUGUUCGUCGUUCACAGCCAGACAUCCUCAAUCGCGCUUCGGCCCUGCCUCCGAAACUCGAGCAGUCAAAACAUUCAAAUCCCCAGCCCCCACCGUCUACGGCAUCGUCUGCCGACGGAUACGAGUCGUUCGAAAACACAAACAACAAGAAGAAAAGAAAGAUACCAACGGCGGGGGAUUCUGCGCUCUCCGGCACGCACUCGCUAGCUGACAUUGGCUCCAUGAGCAUUUCGGCAGCAACAUCCCCCUCCAACGAGCACAGCGAGCUAGGAGGGUCAGCAUCGCCAUCAUACUAUGGGGCCGGAAACUUCGUCACAAACAACCAAGGCGAAAACCCUGGUAUCAUUUCGAGCGCCAUCGCAAACGCCGAGAAGCUCCCAUCCACACCCGGUCAAGAGAACGUCAGUCUUUUACAGCAGCAUUCAUCUAGCGUCAAAUCCAGCCCGACUGCCACGCAGUUCACCUUUACCUGCGACUCUCCGGUUCCCAAGCCACAGUGGCCAGGAACUGAUCCAUUAGGUUCACACGGCUCGCUCCCAGGUUACGGCAACAAAUUCAGGCAAGCUUCAAUGGCGACCCAGACCCUAGACGCCGCGAGCUCGAUCGCUGCACCUCCUGCGCCGGCACCAGCCGGCAAGGGAGGCGCGCAGCCUGGCAAGAAGAAGAAGAGCCGUCGCCGCCAAGAGAAGGAGCUUAGGUUGGCAGCCAAGCACCGCCGUCAAGAAGCUGAAUACCGGUACAUCAACAACCCACCCAAGCCGGAGGAUAUGUGGAUUUGCGAAUUCUGCGAGUACGAGCGCAUCUUUGGCGAGCCGCCUUACGCCCUGAUCAAGCAAUAUGAGAUCAAGGACCAGAAAGCUCGCAGAAAAGAGGCGGAGCGGAAGCGGCUGCUGGAGAAGGCCAAGGCCAAGAGCCGAAAGGCCAAGAAGGCAACCAAAUCCCCCGGUAAGACGGCAUCGCCUCAGAGCCAGCAGCAGGCCGGCUCAGCUGAUGUGCCGGCGGGACACACAACCAAUCCUGGCUUCACCACCGACGAAUACAUUGAGGAUAUUGAGGGAGAUAAUUUCGAUGACUCAUACUCUCAAGACGAUCCACCGAUGUUACUGAGCGACGAUCCGGAUGACCCAUGUCGCGAUCCCGAUUGCAACGACUGUCAUGGAGCGUUCGAGGAUUUGGACGAUCCCGGCGACGAACAUGAACCCGGAGACGAACCUGGUGAUGAACUCGGCAAGGAUUCAUAUUCACCAUCAUAA